AUGUCUUUCAGAUAUGUUACGGGCAUGUUUGGCGCACCACAUGGAUUCACACGAGAUACAUCGCAAUCGACUGAAAGGCGAGAAUAUCGUAAUGCGGUUAUGGUAUAUGAAAGAAUUUUGGUCAUGUUACUUCCACAGCUCUUUAGCACUGUGGUCAAGACGCUCAUCACGUUUUUCAAUGAGACUGGCAUGUGGGAGAUGGAGACCUAUGUCACAAGUUGUAUCAAAAAGAUAUUACUAAUCUGUAAGGAUAGCCACGGCGUAAUCAACUACUUGCUGGAUAUUGUAGAGAUUAGUGAAAAUUGCCCGACCGCCAGUGACAUACUAAAAAUUAUACAGAAUUUAUUCACUUAUGGGGACUGGGCACACAUGGACCACUAUUUACUGUAUAGAUUUUUAGAGUUGUACAGACGCAGUACCAUGAACGAAGAGUUUGAAAGUUUGCGAUGGUGUUUAGAAUCUUGUAUCCGGCAAGGAUUCACUUGCAUGAAGAGGAAUGAACUUGUUACAGUCAUUUCCGUGAUGAUGAAUUGGGUAGUUGCCGUCAACCCGGCCAUGACAUUGAAGUUUGCAAAGGUGAUGGAAUAUGCAGCGGGGACACAAAACAGCGAACCGUAUUCGUUGAGUCUAGAGAUGUCCUUCAUGUAUUCUUUGCUGGAACUGAUUUCUUCGCCAAACAGAUAUUUGAGUUUACUAGGUUGUCGAUUGGUGUUUUUAACACUGGACCGUUUAAAAAACGGCUCGGAUUUAUUACGAGCCAAGAUUUUCUUCCCCACCGGCGAAUUUCCCGUCAAAAUUGGUCAAUAUGAUGAACGGGACAAUCGUUUCAUACAAGAAAUAAACGACGUGUUGCAGACCAGUCUUCUGACAGCAUUGCUGAACCAUGGUUUUCAUCUGAAAAGUGUUGAGAUGAUAUUUGGUGUCAUCGCAGCAAUUAUUGUGGAGGUACCGAGUUCGUUCAGUGCUGCAGUUGGCGUGUCGUUCGCAAUGGCGGCGCAGGAAUUAGUUUUAACUGCUCCGGACGAUCUCGAAGAAGCGGGUUAUCGAAUACACGCCUGUGUGGUUUUUCUAGUAUCUCUCGUUUGUUAUGUGCAUAGAGCUGAGGCAUUCUAUCUCUACUUGUCGAAAGUGAUCGAAUUCCGUGCGAAAAAUGCACCGCAACUUAAUCCGCCAGUCACGACCUGUUACGACGAACAUCCGGUGGUCCUGGCCCGGCGGGAGCUGUACCUGGAGGACUACGAGGCUCGCUACGGCCUGCUGCGCUGUUUCGCCUGCAGCGAAUCCUGUCGCAGCGAGCAUGAAGUCCAGCAAAAAAUCAGCGCGAUCAACAAGCAGAUGAAGCUGCAGUUCCGGACGAUAUUUACGCGCAGGUCACGAAAGAGCAGCGAUUUGGUGCAAAGCUGA